AUGUCGUCCCAUGUAUCAAUUGUGACUGGUGCCUCAAGAGGUAUUGGUAAAGCAAUUGCCGAAAUCUUAUUGAAAACUCCUACUUCCAAAGUAAUUGUUAUCGCCAGAACUCAAGCUCCAUUGAAAGCAUUAGAAAAACAAUUUGGUUCAGAUAGAGUUGGGAUUGUCACUGGUGAUAUAACAGAUCCACAAACUUCAAAAAAAGCAGUUGAAUUAGCAAUUUCUAAAUUUGGACAAUUGAAUUCCAUCAUUGCUAAUGCUGGUGUUUUGGAACCUGUUGGAUCAAUUGAUUCCAUAACUGUUGAAGAAUGGAAGAGGUUAUUUGAUAUAAAUUUAUUUUCUAUUGUUGAGUUGAUUAAACAAAGUUUAACCCAUUUAAAGAAAACUAAUGGUAGAGUACUUGCUGUUUCAUCUGGUGCAUCUACAAAACCAUAUAGUGGUUGGUAUGCCUAUGGAUCAUCUAAAGCUGCAUUAAAUCAUUUGAUCAUGUCCUUGGCAGCAGAAGAGAAAGAUAUUCAAGCCAUUUCAAUUGCACCUGGUGUUGUUAAUACUGAAAUGCAAGUUGAUAUUAGGGAGAAAUUUGGAAAAGGAAUGAGUGCUGAAGGUUUACAAAGAUUUAUUGAUUUGCAUGAAAAGAAACAAUUGGCUGCACCGGAAGAACCUGGAACUGUUUAUGCUAAUUUGGCGUUGAAAGGCUGGCCACAAGAAUUGAAUGGUAAAUACUUAAGAUAUAAUGAUGAAGUUCUUAAGAGUUAUCAGGAAUAA